AUGGCAAAAGACGGACCCAACUGGGACGGAUUGCUCAAGUGGAGCCUUGCCCAUUCUGAUGGGACGCCUUCAAAUCGCAAUCUCAGUGAGGAAGAUAGAAAAUGGUUUAUGGAAGCAAUGCAAUCACAAAGUGUUGAUGUGAUAAAGAGGAUGAAGGAGAUAACUCUUGUGAUGCAAACCCCAGAACAAGUGUUGGAGUCUCAAGGAGUUUCUCCUGCUGAUAUCGAAGAUUUGUUGGAUGAGCUACAAGAACAUGUUGAGACCAUUGACAUGGCCAAUGAUCUUCACUCCAUCGGAGGUUUGGUCCCUCUUCUUGGUUAUCUGAAGAACACCCAUGCUAAUGUUCGAGCAAAGGCUGCCGAAGUUGUAACCACCAUUGUCCAGAACAACCCUAGGAGUCAGCAGCUGGUUAUGGAAGCAAAGGGUUUUGAGCCUCUGCUUUCUAAUUUCACCUCGGAUCCAGAUGUGACUGUUAGAACCAAAGCACUAGGUGCAAUAUCAUCUUUAAUCCGACAUAACAAGCCAGGUGUAGCUGCAUUUCGUUUAGCAAAUGGUUUUGCAGCUUUAAGAGAUGCCCUGGGUUCUGGGAAUGUGAGAUUUCAAAGAAAAGCAUUGAACUUGCUCCAUUACCUACUGCAAGAGAAUAGUUCAGACUGCAGCAUAGUCAGUGAGCUGGGUUUCCCUCGCAUAAUUUUGCACCUUGCCUCAAGUGAAGAUGCAGAAGUACGAGAAGCUGCUCUCCGUGACCUUCUUGAACUGGCUCGAAACAAAUCAGACGGGAACACUGGUAGAUCAGGUGAAGACGAUGAAAAAUUGAAGCAACUUCUUGAAGAACGGAUUAAUGGUUUAAGCCUGAUGUCGUCUGAAGAUCUCAGGGCAGCUAGGGAGGAAAGUCAGCUUGUAGACUCCCUCUGGCAUGCUUGCUACAAUGAGCGGUCAGCCCUACAUGAUAAGGGGAUUCUUGUUCUCCCAGGAGAAGAUUCACCACCUCCUGAUGUUGCUACCAAGCAUUUUGAACCUCCUCUUAGAGCUUGGGCUGCUAGACCUGAUGCUGACAAAAAUCCCGGUACUAAAAAGAAACAAGCCCCCUUGUUAUUAGGAUUGGGCCCUGCACCAGAGGCUGCAAAUGUCCAAGGAAACUCAAGUGGUGAAGUCAAUGGCGAUGAGCAGAACACCUCUACAUAA